AUGGCAGAAAAUGAGGUGACCAUGCUCGAACACAAUCAUCCAUUGUUCCUCCAGGCCGGAGAUGCACCAGGUUUUGUUUUGAUUCCCAUAGGAAGUACAGUAGCGAGUGAACUAAUGCCUAGCAUAAUGUUUGCUUCGGAUGCGAAGAAAAUAUGGAGUGAUUUCCAGGAAAGGUUCGAUAGAUCAAAUUUAACAAGAAUCUAUCAUUUGUGGACGGAGAUCGUGACAGUGAGACAGAAUAUAGACUCAGUCACUACUUACUUCUUGAAAAUGAAAGACUUUUGGGAUGAACUAGACAUUUUAGCUCCAUUGUCAAGCUGUGACUGUGAGGAGGCAAGACCUUCUAUUGAACACUUGAAAUCCCAAUGCCUACUGCAAUUUUUGAUGGGAUUGAAUGAGAGCUAUAGCAACAUUAGGAGCAAUAUAUUGGCAAGGAGACCUGUUGUUACGGUAAAUGAGGCGUAUGCCAUUGUUACGCAAGAGGAAAGCCAAAGAACCUUGGGUGUAGUUGACAACAAAGAGCCACUGAAUCUGUUGGCAGGGAAGGCUCAAAUGGUUAGACCUAAAACUCCAGGACUAGUGUGUGAACACUGUGGAUAUAAGGGGCAUCUGAAGGAAAAUUACUACAAAAUUGUUGGCUAUCCGGCAGAUUUUAAAAGCAAGAAGAGAUCAGGGCAACAAGGUGGCGUAUGGCAAAACAACAACUUCAAACAAGGGCAGUUCAGAGGAACAAAUCAGAACAACACUGGCUUCAGAUCCUAUGCCAACAACACAGCAAGUGAGAGGCAAGUCCAAGGCCACUUCUUCAUAGAAGAAGAAUAUUCACAACUGAUGGGAUUGCUGAAUAAGUCCCCACAAGAAGGAUGCAGUAGCAACAUGGCAGGUACUGUUUCAUUACUAUCCAAUACAUAUAGUUGUGAAUGGAUAGUAGAUUCAGGUGCCUCACACCAUACUACACCUUGCAUAGAGUUGUUACAAGAACUCAGACAUAUAGAUAAACUGCAGAACAGUAAAGUGCAAGUGCCAACUGGAGGAAGAUCACACGCACUUUACAGUGGGAAGGUAAUGGGGAUUGGUAGAGAAAACAGUGGCCUCUACAUUCUGAAGAGAGGAAUGGAAUCACCACUUGGAGCAGCAGUAACUAAGAAUGAAGACAUGGCAACUUUGUGGCACUUGAGUUUGGGACAUCUCUCAGUAGGAGCAAUGAAGCACAUUCCCUUGCUGAAGGACAAAGUAACUGACAAGAUACAAGAAGAGUGUAUGUUUGCAGCUGUUGUGAAAAGGCUUAGAUCAGAUAAUGGGACAGAAUUUUUCAAUUCACAAUGUAAUGAGUUGUUUACUUCACAUGGGAUAGUUCAUCAGAGUAGCUGCCCAUACACACCACAACAAAAUGGUGUGCUUGAGGGGAAGCACAGGCAUAUAUUAGAAGUGGCCAGAUCUCUGAAGAUAAAGAGCUCAGUUCCAGUCACUUUUUGGGGAGAAAGUGUUAAAACUGCAACAUAUCUUAUUAAUAGAUUACCUACUGCUGUUCUAGAUGGGAAAACACCCUAUGAGCUGUUAUAUGGGGAAGUACCUAAACUCGACCAUCUAAGGGUUUUUGGGUGUUUGAGCUAUGCUAGUAAUUUGCCUGGAGGUGACAAAUUAGAUGCAAGAACAAGGAGAGCAGUGUUGCCGGGGUAUUCUGAUACUUAG